AAUUUAAAAGAUCCGUUGAAAAGAGAACGUUGAACGUGUAGCAAGUCGGUCGGAGUGCUGCCAAGCUGUCGCAAUUGCAGCUUAAUUUUUCACCGUUUCCAUCGAUUUCUGGUCCUAGAAUCUCGCCAUGAGUUCGUUCCAAAUCUUCCAGGACCAAGAGAACGGCGGCGCCGUUCGCAGGGCGAAGCAGAACGCCAAAACGAAAACCGAGGGACAGAAGCGGUCUGUCCUCGGUGUCGUGAACGAAAAUCGGGUUCGCGUGCAGCAACCCAGGGCAGCCAAACAGCAGCAACCUGUUUUAAAAGCCACCGACGAAAAUGCCUUCGCUCGGAAAAAUGAAGCCAAGGCCUGCGAGUCAAAGCCGAAAUUUGAAAUUCGGAAGGAAGAGCCGAAAAAGGUCGUCCCUGAACCAGUGAUUGAAGUGAAAGAGGAGGUCGUGGUUGAAGAUAUUGCAGCUGUGGAGGAGAAUGUUGAAAAUGACAGAGAGUCAGGCGAGAUUUCCAACAGCAUCUCGCACCUGCAAAUUCCGGACGAAAAUGAGCUUAACCUGGACAUGUCUAUGGACAGCAUCAUUGGCUCGCCAAUGUCCGUCGAUCGCAGCGUGGCCCAGAGAAGGAUCAACUACCAGCAGGUUGAAGAAGAGUUCUACAACGUCACCGAGUAUCAAACUGAAAUCUACAAGUACAUGAAAUCAGCCGAGCUGAAAUUCCGGCCUAAGCCUGGCUACAUGCGGAAACAGCCGGACAUCACUUACUCGAUGCGCUCAAUCUUGGUGGACUGGCUGGUCGAAGUUGCUGACGAGUACAACCUUCAUGGGGAAACCCUGUUUUUGGCUGUGUCUUACAUUGAUCGGUUCCUAAGCUACAUGUCUGUGGUUAGGGGAAAGUUGCAGUUGGUUGGCACUGCGGCUAUGUUCAUUGCUGCCAAAUUUGAGGAGAUAUAUCCUCCAGAUGUCAGUGAGUUUGUCUACAUCACUGACGACACUUACACCAAGAAGCAGGUCCUCCGCAUGGAGCACCUCAUCCUCAAAGUACUUACCUUUGACAUGUCCACCCCAACCAUCUUGAGGUUUGCCACCAAGUACAACCUUGCGGCUCACAGCUCCGAGCCUACCAAGCAUCUUUCACAGUAUCUGUGUGAGCUGAGCUUGUUGGACGGAGAGCGCUUCAUGCAUUUCCUUCCCUCCGAGAUGGCUGCGGCGGCUGUUGCUUUGGCAAGGCACACGAUGGGUGCUGAGCCUUGGCCUGAAAACCUGCGAGAGCUCACUGGUCUGUCCAUUGAACACCUUGGCAGCUGCCUCGACCCCCUGACUCUUGCCUUUUCGGAGGCGCCAAUGCACCCGCAACAAGCCAUCAGGGACAAGUACAAGGUUUCAAAGUGGAGCUGUGUUAGCCUGUUAGGACCUCUGCGACCCACAUUGGUGUCGAUGUUACCAAAACCUGCUGCUGAAACUACUCCCAAGAAAAUCACCAAGAGCUCAAGCUCGCAGUAAAUUAAGCUCCGUUGACUCAUUUGACUGAUAACUUUGAUGGACUCCUGUGAUAUGCGAGCCACGAAUGUUUGCGUUUGUUUUAAUUUUGUAUGGUAGCCUUUUUGAUUAUGUCGACUUUUGUGUUCACAACCCAACACCCUACUCAUCAGUUUAAUUCAAUGGACCAGUACAAAGGGUGUCUUUGAUUGUAAAUAAUAAUGUCAUUUCUGAAUGUUUGCAAUUUGACCAAGACUACACAUUUUAUAAUUAAAUCUUUGCUGCACAAGCAACUCA